CGAAAACUUGUCUAACGACAAACACAUGUUGAGUUGGAUUAAAAAGGACGAAGAAGGCUUUGUUCCUAUUUCAGUCAUUGCUUCCUACAAGAAAACGAAGAAGCUCGUUCGUAACAACUCGUCGAUAGCGGUUGCUUUGAAGGAAUCUUCUCUCCUUGUUGUGAGUUCGAAUGGGAAGAAGGUGAAACGACUUCAUCCUCUACCAUCACUUGAAACCAGGGAUCCAAAGUUCACUGUUUUGGUAGAGAAUCUACCAGCUGAUCAUUCAGUGGAGAACCUUAAGAAAAUGUUUAGUGAAGCCGGAAAUAUAAAAGAUAUAUGCAUACUUGACCCAAGUGCCAUAGAUGCAUCAGCAAAAGGCGGGAAGGUUGAGAAGCCAAUCAGUAAUAAGUUGCAUGCCCUUAUAGAGUAUGAUACUGUGGAGGCUACUGAGAAAGCUGUUGCUAUUUUAAACAACGAGGAAGAUUGGAGAAAUGGCAUGCGGGUGAAGCUUCUAAAGCAGAUGAGUAAGUAUGGGCAGAGUGCACAGCGCAGACAAUCUCGAGGGGGCUUUGAUUCUGAGAAGAGUAGCAGUAUCCGAACAUCUGAAGCAGGGAUUGAGGAGACUCAUAAUGCAAGUGAACAUCACAACGGUACACCUGAUGAAGAGGAUGGAGGAGGCCAGUUGCCUAAGGAGAAAACUGGGCACAGGGGUCGAAAUCGAGGGCAAUCUGGCAGGCAGAAGUAUCUUGGCCUCAAUGGGUUUGGCCACGGAACUACUUCGUCUGCUCAUCCAAUUGAACCUUCAAAGCCACCACCUGGCCCCAGAAUGCCUGAUGGAACCAGGGGAUUCACAACGGGACGAGGCCGGACUCCGGUGUCAGUUGUAGUUGUCUUGUAGACUUGAUUGAUUCUAGUGACAAAAGAUGCACAUUGAUUUGUUCAAUUG